CAAUGCAUUGUGGGAUACAGAGUAAGAUGGAUGCGGCCGUUGGCAGCAUGUCGCAGCCGUAAUAACAUUAAUUUUAAAGUGUUAAAUCUCUGCAUCAGGCUUCAGUUUAUGCUCUGUCGUUACAAUUACAAAGGGACCCAACUGGCGUAAAGUUGCAGAUUCGCGUUGAAACAGAAAACAUGUCUGUACUGGGAGGUUUGCUGAGAGUUGGAGCGUCCUUGUGUCAGUCUGCUGGGACCCUGCUGAACACAGCCAGGACCAUUUCUACUGGUACAUGCUGCCAGAUCAGGAUGCAUGCCAUCCCUCAGCUGAAGAAGGUAGAUAGGUGGACUGAGAAGAGGAACAUGUUUGGAGUUUAUGAUAACAUAGGCAUAUUAGGAGAAUUUAAUGCUCAUCCCAAAGACCUCAUAAUGGCCCCCUGCUGGCUGAAGGGUUUCAAAGGUAAUGAAUUGCAGCGUCUCAUUCGAAAGAAGAGGAUGGUGGGAGACAGAAUGAUGACAAUGGACAGACACAACUUGGAAAAGAGAAUCAAAUUCCUCUACAGACGCUUCAACCGCACUGGCAAACAUCGUUAAUAUCAAACAAACCACCAGCACAUACAUCAAACCAGCCAAUAAGGACUGUUGGAGUCUAGUGGUGUGAUUUCAUGCUGUCACUGUGCUGUAUAUUGCCAUUUUUCUAAGUUAUGUGCAUAUAAAGAGAACUGAUUUGAAUAGCA